AUGCCCCAUCGGCCCUUCAUCGCCGCCUCCUCCUCCGACGACGACGAUCACAUCUCCCUUCCAAGGGACGAUAUGGCAACCCAAUCCAAGGUGAUUGCGUCAAGAUGCACCACUCGGGCGGAGAUGUGCACGCACAAAUUCGAGAUCAUCGGGUACAACCUGAAGAAAGGCAUGGGCAUCGGCAACUUCGUUCAGUCAGCCAUCUUCACCGUCGGCGGCCACUCUUGGGCAAUCCGCUUCUACCCUGACGGCGUCACCGAGGGCACCAGGAUGUUCGCUUCUCGUCGCUCUGGUACUCAUGGACGAGGGAGUCGAGAUAAAUAUGCCAUGGACAGGUUGAAGCUGUUGUGUGCAAGUAUUCUUGUCGAGCACCUUUGUGUGGAGACUGUGGCAACUACACUGGCCUUAGCUGACCAGCAUAACCGCAAGAGCCUUAGAGACAUUUUCAUUGAGUUUAUGGCCUCUUCGGAUAUGAUGAGAGCUAUUGUGGCCACUCAAGGUUAUGCAAAUCUCAAAAGAACAUGCCCUUCUGUCAUAGUUGAUGUACUGGAGAAGACAAGCAGGUGUCGCAAAAUAUAG